AUGGGUAACGAAGAGUCGGCCAUGGCGGAUGGCUCCACGCAUCCCUCAGUACUUGAAGCUCGCAACAUUGAGGGUGUAGCCAAGUACAUCACGGAGCGUAAUGUGAAGCGUAUCGUUGUGAUGGUUGGCGCUGGCAUCAGUACCUCGGCGGGCAUCCCCGAUUUCCGGUCUCCAGAUACAGGACUCUACGCCAAUCUAGCAUUCCUUGACCUGGAAGAGCCAGAGGAUGUGUUUGACAUCAGCUUCUUCCGAGAAAACCCCAAGCCAUUCUACGCGCUGGCUCGUGAACUCUACCCCGGGCGCUAUCGCCCAACGAUUGCUCAUUCAUUCAUCAAACUACUCUACGACAAGGGCCUCUUGUUGAAGCAUUUCACACAAAAUAUCGACUGUCUCGAGCGUCAAGCAGGAGUACCGGGAGACAAGAUUGUCGAGGCACAUGGAAGCUUUGCGACGCAGCGGUGCAUCGAGUGCGAGACACCAUUCCCGGAGGAGGAGAUGCAGAGUAAAGUCCAGGCUGGAGAGGUGCCAUACUGUCCAGUGCCGCAGUGCAACGGACUCGUCAAGCCCGAUAUUGUCUUCUUUGGAGAGGCAUUGCCAUCAAGCUUUUUUGACAGCCGUGAUUUGCCCGAACAGGCGGAUCUCUGUAUCGUCAUGGGCACUAGUCUGUCAGUUCAGCCGUUCGCCAGUCUACCGCAAUUUUGCCGAUCCGGUGUACCACGAGUCCUGAUCAACAUGGAGCGAGUAGGAGGCCUGGGGUCUCGGCCAGACGAUGUGCUCCUUCUGGGAGACUGUGAUGCCGGGGUGCGCAAAUUCGCCCAGGCGAUGGGAUGGGAGGCAGAGCUGGAGGCACUUUGGGAAGAGACCAAUCCCGAUCCGCAGGCUCGCGAUGCUGAGAGCGCGCCACUUCCCUCUCGUGACGAGCGGCUUCGCGAGGAAGUCGAUCGACUCACCGCGGACAUAGAUCGCACGCUCCAGCUCACGAGUGCUUAUCAGCAGCGAGUGCGCGACCGACUGAGUGAGCCGAAGGAUCCCGGAACAACGGCUAGAGUGGAUUCCCCAGGAAGUGUUCUAUCCUCAGAUGGGUUGGCUCACGUCUUCCCGCACUUGGCGCCCGAGUCGCGGUAG